ACCCCUUGUUUCUCUAUGUUGAAAUCUUCCCACUGUUCAGGUGAUGGACCUCAGUGUAGAGACUACGUCAUCAGUCUAGGAGUGAUAAAGCCCCUGCUCUCGUUUAUUAAUCCUUCUAUCCCAAUCAGCUUCUUAAGGAAUGUCACAUGGGUUAUUGUCAAUCUGUGCAGAAAUAAAGACCCAGCACCACCAGGAGAAACCAUUCAGGAGUUGCUACCAGCUUUGAGUGUAUUAAUACAACACAGUGACACGAAUAUUCUAGUUGACACAGUGUGGGCCCUCUCCUAUUUGACAGAUGGAGGAAAUGAACAAAUUCAGAUGGUGAUAGAUUCUGGUGUUGUACCUCAUCUAAUUCCACUUCUCAGCUGCCAAGAAGUCAAAGUUCAGACAGCUGCACUGAGAGCUGUGGGUAAUAUCGUAACUGGCACUGAUGAGCAGACGCAGAUCAUAUUGAAUUGUGAUGUACUCUCCCACUUCCCAAACCUCCUCACUCACCCAAAGGAAAAGAUCAAUAAGGAAGCAGUAUGGUUUCUUUCAAAUGUCACAGCUGGAAACCAGCAGCAAGUGCAAUCGGUCAUAGAUGCUGGACUCAUUCCCAUGAUCGUGCAUCAUCUCACCAAAGGAGAUUUUGGGACUCAGAAGGAAGCAGCCUGGGCCAUCAGUAACCUGACAAUUAGUGGGAGAAAGGAACAGGUUGAAUAUCUCGUACAGCAGAAUGUUAUCCCUCCUUUCUGUAAAUUGCUUGGUGUGAAGGAUCCUCAGGUGAUUCAGGUGGUUCUUGAUGGUCUAAAUAACAUUCUGAAAGUGGCUGGUUCUGACACGAAUACUUUAGUUGAAAUGAUAGAGGAAUGUGGAGGACUUGAAAAGAUUGAAGCUUUGCAGCAGCAUGAGAAUGAGGACAUCUAUAAGCUUGCCUUUGAGAUCAUCGACCACUACUUUUGUGGCGAGGAG